AGUGCAGUGCGCCCGGGCUUCAGCUGCAGACGGUCGGUGUUCUCUGGGCGGCUUGUGUCAGAGGAAAUAAACGGCAAACACGGGACAAUAGGAGACAAGCGCUGCCCGUGAAGGACCAUAUUCUGUCGGCACUUUGUGGACAUUUUUCUGGGAAGAAAAGCUGUGCAUGUCCCAGCUGGAGGAGCAGCUAUAAAAACACGGACCGGAGGGUCGCACCGACUAUCCCUGAGCCCCGCAGCCGCCAGGCAGCAACCCUCCGCCGGCAUGACCCUCACGGGGGGCUCCGCCCUCCUGCUGCUGCUGCUCACCGCCCGCAUCCAGGUGUCUCCGGCGUCGGGGGACUUUGAGCUCCAGAUCGUGUCGAUGCAGAACGCCGCCGGGCGGCUGCAGACGGGCGCCUGCUGCGCGGGCGCGGACGCGGCGGGCGGCGGGCCGAAGCGGCGCUGCCCGGCGGCGGCCGAUUGCUCCACGUACUUCCGGGCGUGUCGCGAGUUCCAGCUGAAGGUCUCCCCGGCCGGGCCCUGCAGCUACGGCAGCGCCGCUACCGUGCUGGGCGGGAACUCCUUCUCUCUGGGCGGCGCCGAGGCCGAGGACGCCGCACGCAUCACACUGCCGUUCAGCUUCGCCUGGCCGAGAUCGUACACGUUGAUCGUGGAAGCCUUGGACUUCAACAAUGACUCGUCCUCCGGCAGCAGCGCGGUGAUAGAGAAGGCGGUGCUCUCGGGGAUGAUCAACCCGAGCCUCCAGUGGCAGAGUCUGGAGCACCGCGGCGCCGCCAGCUUCCACUUCCGGGUCCGGCUCCGCUGCCACGAGCACUACUACGGCUUCGGCUGCAACCGGUUCUGCCGGCCGCGGGACGACUUCUUCGGGCACUACGAGUGCGACCACAACGGCAACAAGACGUGCCUGGAGGGCUGGUCCGGGCCCGACUGCAGCACCGCGAUCUGCAGACAGGGCUGCAGCUCUGAACACGGCUCCUGUAAAACUCCUGGAGAGUGCAAGUGUCUGUAUGGCUGGCAGGGCGAGUACUGUGACCAGUGUAUCCCUCACCCUGGCUGUGUCCACGGCAGCUGUGUGGAGCCCUGGCAGUGUCUCUGUGACACCAACUAUGGAGGACAGCUGUGUGACAAAGAUCUGAACACGUGUCGGACGCUGCGACCGUGUUCGAACGGAGGAACGUGCAGCAACACGGGACCGGACAAAUACCACUGCUCCUGUCCCGACGGCUACUCCGGGGCCACCUGCCAGAGAGCUGAGCAUGCCUGUCUGUCUAGCCCCUGUCUGAGUGGAGGAAGCUGCGUAGAAACCAGUCUGGGAUUUGAGUGCCGCUGUGCUGCCGGCUGGACUGGACCCUCCUGCUCCAUCAAUAUAGAUGAGUGUCUGGUGAACCCCUGCAGCCACGGAGGAAGCUGCCAGGAUCUGGUGAACGGUUUCCGGUGUACGUGUCCUCCCCAGUGGACCGGAAAGACCUGCCUCAUCGAUGCCAACGAGUGUGACGACAGCCCCUGCCUCAACGCCAACUCCUGCCGCAAUCUGAUUGGAGGAUACUUCUGCGAGUGCGUCCCAGGUUGGACGGGCCACAACUGUGACACCAAUAUCAACGACUGUCGCGGUCAGUGUCGGAACGGAGCCACGUGCAAGGACCUGGUGAACGGGUACGAGUGUGCGUGCGCUCCGGGUUUCGGCGGCGAGCGCUGCGAGGAAGACGUGGACGAGUGCGCCAGCGGGCCGUGCCUCAACGGCGGCCGUUGCCACGACGACGUGAACAGCUUCCACUGCCGGUGUCCGCCAGGCUUCUCCGGGAGCCGCUGUCAGUUGGACAUCGAUUACUGCCUCCGCGGCCCGUGUCUGAACGGCGGCCGCUGUUUCAACCUGGCGUCCGAAUACGCCUGCGAAUGUCCCGAAGACUUCGAGGGCAAGAACUGCUCGCACCUGAAGGACCACUGCCGCAGCUCGCCAUGCAAAGUGAUGGACAGCUGCACCGUGGCGGUGGCGUCCAACAGCACGCCGGGCGGGAUGCGUUUGAUCUCGUCCAACGUGUGCGGCCCCCGCGGGCGCUGCCGGAGCCACGCCGGCGGGCAGUUCAGCUGCGAGUGUGACGAGGGAUUCACCGGGACCUACUGCCACGAGAAUGUAAACGACUGUGAGGGCGCCCCCUGUCUGAACGGAGGAACCUGUAUAGAUAAAGUCCGUCAGUACGAGUGUAUCUGCGCCGACGGCUGGGACGGACCGACCUGCCACAAUAACGUGGACGACUGCAGCUCGGCGCCCUGUCAGAACCGCGGCGUGUGUCGGGAUCUGCUCAACGACUUCUACUGCCAGUGUAACGAUGGCUGGAAGGGAAAGACCUGCCACUCAAGAGAGAGUCAGUGCGACGAGGCGACCUGCAACAACGGAGGAACCUGCUACGACGAAGGAGACGCCUUCAAGUGCCUGUGUGCCGCCGGCUGGGAGGGCGCCACCUGUAACAUCGGGAGGAACAGCAGCUGUGUGCCGAGUCCCUGUGAGAACGGAGGAACCUGCGUGGCGGGCGGAGACUCGUUCAGCUGCGUCUGUAAGGACGGCUGGGAGGGCGCCACCUGCAGCCACAACACCAACGACUGCAGUCCUCAUCCCUGCUACAACAGCGGGACGUGUGUGGACGGAGACAACUGGUACCGCUGUGAAUGUGCUCCGGGUUUCACCGGGCCAGACUGUAGGAUCAACGUCAACGAGUGCCAGUCGUCUCCCUGCUCCUCCGGCUCCACCUGUCUGGACCAGAUCAACUCCUACCACUGUGUCUGUCCCCCGGGAAGAACUGGCCCCCGCUGCCAGGAAGUGUCGGGGGGGCGGCCCUGCCUGGUGUCGGGGGGGCUCCUGGCUCAAGAUGGAAGCAGAUGGGACGACGACUGCAACACAUGCCGCUGUCACAACGGGAGGAUCAGCUGCACCAAGGUACUCGGGGUGUGCGGCCCGGCGCCCUGCAGCCUCCACGGUGACCCCCCCCCCGGCCGUGUCCGGGCGGGUCAGAGCUGCGUUGCCGUGGGCGACGAGCGCUGCUUCGUGAAGCCCUGCGCGGGACGCGGCGAGUGCCGGGCCCCCGGCCAGCUUGCCCCGCCCACUGCCAGGUGUGUCUACGAGAACACCUGCGCCAACGUCACCUUCACCUUCAACAAGGACGUCAUGGCAACGGGCGUGACGGUGGAGCAGGUUUGCCGAGAGCUGCGGCGCCUCUACGUGGUCACCGACCUGUCCUUGGACUCCGCCGUCUCCGUGAGCUGCGAGCUGGCGCUCGGCGCCAGCAACCAGAUCCACGUGGCCAUCGCGCCGGAGGACCAGCGGAGCGGGCUGGGCUUCGUCACGGAGAUCACCGACCGGAUCGUGGCCGUGGUCGGCAGGGGCAACGCCAACGGGUCCGUGGUCGGAGCCAUCGCAGAGGUCCGGAUCCAGAGACGCCAGAGCAGAGACCCCCGCGGUCAGCUCGUGUCGCUGCUGGUGUCCGUGGCGAUCGUGGUCUGGGCGUUGGCGAGCGCCUCGGUGCUGCUGUGGUGCGUGCGGCGGAGACGGAGGAAGCAGAGCGCCCACGCCGGCGUCAGCACGCCGCCGGCCGGGGGUGCGGCGCCGCCGUGUCCGGCCCCCCCGGCCCCGGUCGCCGAGGGCAACAACAACGCCCUCUACAUCAGGAACGCCAUCGAGAAGAACCAGCGGCAGCGGUCCCUCCGCGCCGACAAGAACGCCGCCACCGCCGCCGGGAGCCAAUCGGACGAGGGCGACUCGGACAAGCGGCCGCAGAGGGCGCCGCGGUGUCUCCGCGCGCCGCCGGAGUACUCGCUGGUCGACUGGGAGGAGCGAGCCGCCCGGCGUACGGCGGCGCCGCACUGGACGGGCAAACGGGACAACCGGCGGCUGCAGCCCCAGAGCCUGACCAGGCCGGAGGACAUCGUGUAGCCGCUCGCCACUCGCCGCGUUUAAAGCGACCGUAACGUGAAGCAGGAUCGGCGAGUUCCCGGCGCUGUGUGCACCGCUGCUCUGAAGCCUCGAGCGUGUCGAUGCGACCGUCUCCGUCUUUCUAAACCGGAUGUGGUGAAAAAGGUUAUUUUUUGGGGGGCAUUUUUAGGCCUUUACUGACCGGACAGCUGAAGACACGAAAGGGGAGAGAGACGUUAGCUUAGCGUUAGCUUAGCGUUAGCUUAGCGUUAGCUUAGCGGUAGCCUGCAGCGGCUCAUUUCCAGACACCGUGGCAACCGCCGGAGUCAGAGAUGAGCGGAGAAACUGCAGAACUGUAAAAAAAAUCCUCCCGCUUCCCCCGAAGUCACCGAGUGACAAACAACAACCGGUGAAGCACGCGGACUCCCAACGGGGACUCCACGGUGCGUUCACGUGCACCUCGUAAACUCCGUGAAACUCAAACUCGUCGUUGCCGAGUAACGCUUCUGUCGUCCCUGUUGGAAAACUGAAAAAAAUGAACUGAAUGGAUGGAUGAACUGAGGGAUUUGGAGAAUCGUGCCACUCCAGUUUUUUUUGUCUUUUAAGUUCUUCUUUUGUUCAAGAUGGAUUCUUGCUGUUUUUAAUUUAUGGCGCCGUGUCCGAAUGCUGCGCUGCGAUUGGCUGGAUCUGGACGUGAAUGAGCGUUUUCCCAAAAGACUUUCACGCAGACUUUGUAUCUCUAUUUUUUGGGCCAUUUUUAGGCCUUUAUUUUGACAGGACAGAUGACAUGAAAGAGGAGAGAGAGGGGGGGGAUGACAUGCAGCAAAGGGCUGCAGGUCGGAGUUGAACCUGAGGCCGCUACGUCAAGGAGUAAACCUCUACAUAUGGGCGCACGCUCUACCAACUGAGCCACCCGGGCGCCCAGAUUUUGUAUCUUUCGAUUCGAGAAUAAGUUUUUUAUUAUUAUUAUAAUUUAUUUAAUUACAGGGACAGUGUAUAUUAAUAAACAUUUCUGUCAAUAUGCCAGCGUUAGCCAGAAGGCUAUUUUUCAUCUGAAGUCCCUAGAAAGAUGGUAAAACAAAAAGUCACCCUAAAAGAAGGUAAAAUUACACAUUUACAUAACAGUAUAACAUUUAAAAUACAUUUGGUAAAAAGUACUAUUAAGCUAAAAAUGUCCAAUAGGAGCACAGCAGACCACAUUCAGACAAACAUCAGACAAAGACAUGAACAUACAGUACAGGUCAAAAGUUUGGACACACCUUCUCAUUCAAUGUGUUUCCUUUUUAUUUUCAUGACUAU